AUGUUCGCCCUCAAAUUCAUUGCUCUUGCUGUUCUCGCCUUCCUUGUCGACUCCAACGUCGCGUCUCCCAAUCUAUCUCGCCGCGCAGCCCAGGCGUGCACAUCGUCGAACGUUCCCCGAUUCAACCCCCUCGCAGUAUUCAGGACUCCUCCCGCAUCGGGAUCGCCGACGAUCCCCAUCCGUAUGAUUGACGCCCUCACAAUCCCUCACAUCGGCUGGGGCAUCUUCUCAGCAGGCGGCUCUAGCAGGUGGCUCUUCUACAACCUCCAGAACGGCGCGAUAUUCCCCAUCGGCUCGGCCCCGUUCCCCGCACCCGUCUCUGUGUCUCUCGUCACCGGCGAAUCGCCCCUGUUCGUGUCCACCCAGUUCCCGCCUCCGGCGUUCACGGGAUACUGUUCGGCGGCUGAUCCCGCAGGCGGACCGGAUCUCUUGACAGUGGGGGGCCAGUCACUGUGGGCCCUUUGUCCCAAUACGACUGUUGGCGGGCGAAAGGACCUCGUAUGGUCCCCCGUAGCCAACCACGCACACUAUUCGCUGCCGACCUGCCAGGAGGUCGAUAUCCAGAUGAUCUCAGCUUGA